GCAGGGCUCUUUGUUAGUGUCAGCAGCCUGCCCAUCGCCUGGGGGGGUGUCAGUAGCCUGCCCAUCGCUUGGGGGGUGUCAGCAGCCUGCCCAUUGCCUGGGGGGGGGGGCUGGCCCCAGUCUCCUUUUCCCCCAUUUGUGAUGAAGCUGGAUUGUACAUCCCAGACAUGCUGAGGUGAGCCUGAGAAAGUCUGCAGGGAGGCUCCUCCUGCAUCCCCCACUGACUCCCUGGAUGUAUUCUCCGGACCUGCCUCCUCUGGAGCAUCCUGUACCUGUCUGGACCCCAGGAGUGCUGUGCCUCCACAUGGCCAUGUCUUUACUGCGGCAGCUGUGGAAGCAGAAAGAUAUCCUCAUCACUUUUGUGCUGCCUGUCCUCCUCCUCCCCCUGCCAUUGAUAACACAGACCAAGGAAGCAGCAUGUGCUUACACGUUACUGGUCACUGCAACAUUCUGGAUCUCCGAGGCCAUUCCAUUGGGUGCUGCAGCCUUAGUCCCGGCCUUCCUGUUUCCACUCUUUGGAGUUAUGAAAUCCAGUGAGGUGGCGUCCGAAUACUUCAAAGACAUCCACCUGCUGCUGUUUGGAGUGGUGUGUUUGGCAACGUCCAUCCAGAAAUGGAAUCUGCACAAACGCAUAGCCCUUUGGAUGGUUUUAUCUGUAGGAAGUCAGCCAACCUGGCUUCUGCUGGGAUUCAUGAGCUGCACCUCUCUGUUAUCCAUGUGGUUAAGCAAUACGUCUACGGCAGCCAUGGUGAUGCCUAUUGUAGAUGCCAUUCUCUCCCAGCUAAACGGGGCUGUGCCUGAAGGGAGAGCCUUAACAGACAAAAAGACAAGUGCCCAUCUUAAUAAUGAAGACACUACAAAGAUAGAUUUGACCUCCGAAAGCAAUAACAUUUUAGAUAACAGCGCUGUAAACACUGAAGAACAUGAGGAGGAGCCAACAUUUGAAAACCGAAAAUAUACAAAACAGGGAAAAUCUGGCCAAUUUUACAGAACUAAACGUGAUCACAUGAUGUGCAAAGCAUUUUCAUUGGGCAUUGCUUACUCUUCUACUAUAGGAGGAAUGUCAACGCUUACUGGGACAUCCACUAACCUUAUAUUUAUUGAACAGUUUGAGACUCGUUACCCGGGGUGCAAGUUUGUGAAUUUUGGAUCCUGGAUUGCCUUUUCAUUCCCUAUUGCUUUUAUCAUCCUGAUAUUUUCCUGGAUGUGGAUCAACUGGCUGUUCCUAGGUUUUAGCUUAAAAGACUUGCAAUGCUGUCGAAAGAAACCCAAGUCUCCAGCUGAUGAAGAUUCAAGAAUUAUUCUAAAACAAGAAUAUGAGAAGUUAGGACCAUUGAGUUACCAGGAGGUUGUGACACUCAUAAUCUUCCUGCUGAUGGCGCUGUCUUGGUUCACACGGGAUCCUGGAUUUGUCCCAGGUUGGGAUUCACUGUUUGGACUGAAAGGGUACAAAUCCGAUGCUACCUCAGCCAUUCUUUUUGGUUUUUUAUUAUUUAUUAUUCCUGGGAGGAAGCCCCGCUGGUUGUGCUGCAGAUCAAAAGAAAAAUCCAGCUCUCCUUCUGUGACUGAAUGUACAACAAUGAUCACCUGGAAAGAAUUUGAAGAUUGUAUUCCCUGGCACAUCGUGGUAUUGGUUGGAGGUGGAUUUGCUCUCGCCAAAGGAUGUGAAGUGUCUGGGCUUUCUAUGUGGGUUGGGCAUAAAAUGGAACCUUUGAGUAGCCUUCCAGUCUGGGUCAUCGUACUAAUUGUCUGUCUAAUGGUCACAACUGUGACCGAAGUGGCAAGCAACCCAGCAACCAUCACAAUAUUCCAACCCAUCCUCUCUUCACUGGCUGAAGGAAUAGGAGUGAAUCCUCUUCUGGUCAUCAUUCCAGCUACAAUAAGUGCCUCAUGUGCUUUCCUUUUGCCUGUUGCAAAUCCUCCCAAUGCCAUUGUUUUUUCCUAUGGUCACCUCACUGUUCCAGACAUGGUAAAAGCAGGACUGGGAACUAACCUAAUAAGCAUGAUAACCUUAUGGUUUGGACUUUACACGUGGGGAAUACCAAUGUUUGAUCUGAACAGAUUCCCCGAGUGGGCAACACACAGCAACAGUUCAUCUGUAUUAACACCCUGAAUGCAUUUUUCUAACCUUCUUUAUAUUGCUUACCGGAUGCAAAUAUUGUUUGGAACUUUAUGGAGAAAGUGUAAAUGCAGUUGUGGGAUUGACUUUUCGGUUAGACAUAUGCAUAGAACAGCUUUGGAACGUGGAUCGUUGUUUUAUUAUUUUAUGUAUUGCCACAGAAAUACCAACACAAACCGUGAAGAAGAAAAAAAGUUACAUUUAAUUCUAGGUUUCUUGAAUACGAGUUAGUUGACAGAUCCUGGAAGAUAUCUUUCUACAUAUUGGCCACCAAUUCACAUCCAGACAGGACUUCAAAUACAUCCCUGUCUACCUGAGAAAUGUGCUAAAUUACUUUCAGAUCAUUUGUGAAAAUGACGAUCCUCGUUUCUGUCCUUUCUAAUGCAUAUUUUGGUGCUAUAGAACAUGCUUUAGAAGCAGAGACAAAAGGAAAUUUGAAUUUUAUUUCCUCACUAACCUGUUUCCUGCUCUUUUGUUCCACACGGCUGUGCAGAGCAGGUCUCGCUAGAAGCUGUGUAGUUUGUUUCUUUUUGGCAGGGAAGAGGUUAACAAAAACAGAAAACAGUAGAACUACUGGAAUUCUUAAUACUCCUCUUUAGAAUGGGAGCAUGAUAAACUUGAAGCCGGAAUCCUUCUGUUAAGUACUUUAUACUCUUGUAGUACGGGAAUUGGUAGUUGCCUGUGAAAUGCAGCUAAAUGCCUCAAACCAUUCAGAUUGUGUUAUUUUGCCAUGUGCUGGACAAGGCUUUCUUUGCACAGUAGCAGAAAAUAAUUGCAUUAUCAAAGGUACAUUGCACAAGGCUCAUGUUUUGGAAUGGGGGGGGGGGGGGGGUUUGUACUAUAAAUAACGGAUCUUAUGAAAAUGGAAAGACAAAACAUGAAUCUUCUAACGUUUAUUAAUAAUAAAUGAUUUUGAAUAAAAAAA